GUUCUUGUAUAUUGCAGUGUUGAAGUUGAAGGGUAGAAAAUCAGUCUUGUUGUCAACAACAUAAUAAAUAAAUAUCAACAAAUGUCAAUGCCUGUAUUUAGAAAUGAGUAAUGUGGUGCCGGAACAAAGUCAUGGCGGCGAAGACUUUAGCUACGAUAAAGAGAGCACGAGUAGCACUGACACAGAAGAAUAUUUGGACCUCGCCGAUUUGAACGAUUUCAUGGAUUGCAAUACAGCACCCUUUUGUCAGACCGACAAACAGAAAGUAAUCGAAAGGUUACUUGAAAAUUGCUGUGAUAUCACUUCUUUCAAAGAAGUCUGUUUUUCACCUGGAGGCCUCAUGAAUGAUACUCUACGGAAUAAUAUAUGGCCAUUAGUAGAUCAAAGCGAUGGCAUCUUAGAAAGAAAUUCCACAGAAGAAAUAAAGCAUCAUCACUAUUACAACCAAGUUGUGUUGGAUGUUAAACGAAUACUAAAACGGUUCCCUCCAGGUAUUAAUGAAUCUAUUCAAGCUGACCUCCAAAUAAAAGUCACAGAAUUGAUUAUAGGAGUGCUAAUAGCAAAUGAAGGUUUACAUUACUACCAGGGUUUUCAUGAUAUUGCCAUCACUCUCCUGCUUGUACUGGGUGAAGAGAAGAGUUACAAUGUGCUAUGCCAUCUUUCACAGUCACAUUUCAAGAUGUUCAUGGGACCAGAUAUGGAACCAACAAUGGAAAUCCUAAACUUGGUGUAUGCACUAGUCAAGAAUGAAAAUCGCGAUUUAUAUAACUAUCUGAUGAGGUCUGAGCUAGGGACAAUUUUCUGCCUUCCUUGGACGAUCACUUGGUUCGGCCAUGUUCUUAACGAUUACGAAACUGUCACCCGAUUGUUCGACGCCUUCAUUUUUUCACACCCCUGGACAUCGAUGUAUCUGUCUGCCGUUGUAGUAUUGCAUAGGGCAAGCGAUAUUUUUUUGACACCUUGCGAAAUGCCACUCCUACAUCAAAUGCUUUCCAAUAUCCCCGACAAUUUGCCGUUUGAUACUCUCUUGACUGAAACAGCGAAGUUGAUGAUUACUUAUCCACCAGAUAUCAUGGAAAAAACUAUCAGAGAGAUGCACACCGAAAACAUUCGCAGGAUCAAAGAAGAGGACGAGGAGCGCAAGAGGAGAAUGGAACAGCGGAAAGCGAUUUUACAAGGAAAUCAGAAGAAAGCAUCGGUACAGCGCUGGACUCCUUGGCCUCGUUUAAUAACUUUAAAAUCACAGACUGUCAAAGUUGUUGCUCUUAGUGUAAGUGUUGCCACGGUUGCUUUUAUUUAUAAUUAUGUUAGACCUAAUUUGGAGAUAUUUUGAAGGUAUAUUUUUCUUGUACAUGCUUGUGUUAAAAAAGAGAAAAUUUCAUAAUGUUAAACUUUGUACCUGUCUUUGUUCCUUCUUCUCCCCUGUCAAAGAGCAUUCCUAUGUUGAAUUGUAUGAAUAUGUAAUUAAUAAAC